AUGUUUUUGCCCGCCAUCUUGUGCUUCUUCACCAACGUUCAUCCCAUGGCCCCUCUCAAAUUCUGGGAGUUUGGUGACAAAUUCUGUCUCCUCAUAACCUGUGGCAGCGCAGCCGAAUUGAUCAAGUGUCUGAACGGACCGGGCAUCCCCAGCAGUGCUUUUGUCGGCAGCAAUCUCGGCAGUCGACAUCAUUCGAGAACCACUCGCCCCCUCAUCUGGUCCAGAAUGCUCUAUCGAUACGCGCUGAGGGAGGGUCGGAAAUGGCAGGCAACCAUCGUGAAGUGGCACAACAUGAUUGGGUCCUCUGUUGUCACCCUGGAGAAGCUCUGA